AUGGCCUCAACUGCUCUCCCUGCCUCAUCCGAUCACGACGGUUUGGUGUCUAGGCCUGGAAAAGUGAUCCAUCUCUCCUCCUCCCCCUCCUCGUCGACCCGGUCUUCCUCACCCGAAUCGGACGGCAUAGCAACAUUCGAAUUGCCCGAAUUUACUAUCAAAGAGUUACUCGGCGCGAUCCCUGCCCACUGUUUCGAACGAUCUCUCUUCAAGAGCUCACUGUAUGUCGUCAGAGACUUGAGCUUCACACUCGCCCUGAUCUACCUGGGCCGUCAGAUCGAUCCCAACUUCAACAGUGUCGAUGGCCAACUCGUUAGUGGCCGACCAGGUGCUAUUUUGAAUUUUCUUGGCUGGGCGUUUUACGGCUAUUGGAUGGGCUUAGUGUGGACCGGUAUCUGGGUCUUGGCCCAUGAGUGCGGCCAUCAAUCCUUCUCCCCUUCCAAGUCGAUCAACAACGCCGUCGGCUGGGUCUUGCACUCCGCCCUUCUCGUACCUUUCCACUCCUGGAGAAUCACCCACGCCCAGCACCAUGCCGCGACCUGCCACAUGAAGCGCGACCAGGCUUUUGUGCCUUACACACGCUCCCAGCUUGGACUACCUCCACUUGCCGAAGGUUGCAGCAAGAAAGAGGUCGAUGGGUCUCAUCCCCCCAGCUUUUACGAUAGAGUGGACGAUUUACUUGAGGAUGCCCCCCUCUGGGCAUUGUACAAGUUGAUCAUCCAUCAGUCAAUCGGGUUCGCCAGCUACCUACUGAUCAAUGCGUCAGGCCAGAAGCACUAUCCCCGUUGGUGGACAAAUCACUUCAACCCCUAUGCCAUCAUGUUUGACGACCGUCACCGAUCCCAAGUGGUGUGGUCGGAUAUUGGCAUUGCUAUCACCCUUAGCUGCGUGACUUAUCUCGGCCAACAGACCGAUUUUUUGACGGUAUUCAAGUAUUACAUUGUCCCCUACCUCGUCGUUCAUCACUGGAUCGUGUUGAUUACUUUCUUACAACACACUGAUCCUUUGCUACCUCAUUAUCGCGAGGGAGCUUUCAACUUUCAGCGUGGCGCAAUGUCCACCAUGGACAGAAACAUCCACGGUUUCUUCACCCACGGUUUGGCCGAAACCCAUGUGGCCCACCACUUAUGCUCCAAGAUCCCCCACUACAACGCCUGGGAAGCAACCGACGCAUUAAAGGCCAAGUUGGGAGAACACUACGCCUCCACGGAUGAGAAUUACUGGUACAGUUUAUGGAAAUGCUUCCGACAGUGUCGCUUUGUCGAAGAUGAAGGCGAUGUGGUAUUCUACAAGGACGCCAGAGGCAAAGCUGCCCGACGAUACGUGCCAAGGAACACUGGUAGCAGCAGUGUCAGCGACUCGGGCGUUGAUGUAGACGGGUCUCCUAGAGAAAAAUCAUUAUAG